AUGCAGAAUACUAUCCUAUUACAGCAAGAGAUUCAUCAGCUUUGUACGGAAAAUCAACGUCGAAAACGAAAGCGAGAAGCACCUAGAUACUUUAUUCAAGCAGGUGGAAGCUUGACAGGUGCUGAAGGGCAGCAAAAAGCUCGAGAGCUUGAGCAGCUACAGGAAUCAUCACAACAACCUUGGAGGCCACCAAGAUGCAUCAAAUAUAUUGAAUUUUGUUACGCGAAAAAGCUUUAUCUGCAGGCAUUGUUAGGCACUUUCAGCCGUGGUUGGGGUGGCAGCUCGGUGUCUGAUUACGUUAAGUUUAGCUUAUUAGUAAAUAAGUUUAGAAUAGGAUUAUACUAUAUAGUGUAUAACUUAAAAAAUUUAAGGAUAUCUUCUUUAAGAAAGAGCUAUAUUAAGAUACUUUAA